CCAAGACUCCAUAAACUAUAGAACAAGGAGCUGGUUUUUAGCAUUAUGUAAUCUCAUACUGCAUUUAUAAAGAUUUAUCUACCUCAGCAUGUCAAAUGCUUGAAGAAGAUCCAGAUCACAGCAACCUAAACAGCACAGAAGAUAAUUAUUUUUUCACUUGAGUACACUUAUAGAGCAUUGACCUUACAUUCCCAGAUAGGGAGUAGAUACUCUGAAUAUACAAAGAAAUACAUUUUACUAAAUUUGAGAACAAUUUCUCUAACUUCUAUGACUUCUCCUCCAGACUUGUGAAAGUUGUAAUACUGUUUGUUUUUGUUUUGGGAUUCUUUCGAUUUUUGUUGUUUUUUUGUUGUUGUUGUUGUUUAAGGCUCCCUGGUUAUGAUGUACAUCAUUAGUAUCUUCAGUGUUUAUCGUGAUGCUGUGGCCAUCAUAGGGACGUCUGUAGGUCAAGUGAAAGCUGAUAAAGAAUGCUCAACCCGACUGUGCAGUGGUUGCACAUUGAAGAAGUGACUGUUAAUUUUAAAAAGGACCGUAAUUGAUUUUUUUUUAAAAAGAAACAGGAAAUAUGUUUUUAAUACGGAAUCUGUCAUUUCAUGUAAAUCUGUAGUUUUCCCAAAUAAAAAAAUGGAAAAAGAAAAUGGAGGCACAUCCAAAAUCGGAUACAAUCUAUUUUGGCGUUGCUUUUUGUCACAUUUAGUUAUUUUAGGGCAUCCAAUGAACUUGAACCCCCUCCAAUAAUAGGAGUUAAAGUGCUGUAUGUUUUACCUUCAAGCUGACUGUAUGGGUAAAAAAAUGACUUAUAACUGUGUGUUAUAUAAUUAUGUAAUUACAUUCAAUGAAAGGUAAAUACAUUUGCUUCUAUAGAUGUUGGCAUGAAGAGUUUUUUAAGACUCACUGCAUGCAGUAAUUUGACGUCAUAAUAAUAAUAAUGAUUUCCACAAACGUAGUUCAGCUGUCUGUCUUCUCUCUGUCCAUCAUCACAGGAGAUGGAAGAAAAAGAUGAUUCACAGCAGAUGAAAGCCAAGACCAGUGAGCUGUCAGAUCAGAUAGAUGAAGUGAAGGAGAUCAUGAAGAAAAAUUUGAACCAGAUCCUCCACCGAGAAGAAAAUCUGGAAAAACUCCUGGAAGUGUCCAAGUAUCUGGAAGACAAGGCUUAUAAUUUCAGACGUACAACUAAUGAAGUGUCUCGCUCCUACUGGUGGAAGAACGUCAAGCUGAUCGUGGCCGUGGUCGUGAUCGUCCUCAUCGUUGUCGUCGUUAUCAUCCUGCUGGCUGUCGGUGUCAUUCCCAUCAGCCCGCCUGUGGCUCCUGUGGCCACGCCCACCAUCAAGCCCUGAACGCACAUCAACACAAACACUGUGAUGAGACAAAAUGAGAUUAUGGACGGAUUACACUGUGUGGCACAGAUCUGGACAAAUUCUGAUGUGCAUAGUGAACUGUAUUUUUCUCAGUAAACUUAUUGUGUAAUAAACAAAAAGAUAAAAAUAAA